AUUUUUAGAAUAUGAUGAUAGAUUCGUCGCGAAUGUCUUUUAUUUAUGGUUUUUUGUUUGGUAGGACGAUUCAGAGCAUAUCACUGGCAACCAAAUUAAGCCUUCGCCGAAAGAAUCGUCAGUACUGCACUAAAAGCCAAAUUGCUGUAAAGAUACCCUUUGCUUUGCUGCCUUCAUAUCGAUUGAUCGCAAAAUCUGAAAAUAACAACAUAUUUUUACGCCUUUUAUUGGAAUUAGAAUUGCUAUAUGGAGCUGCUGAAGCGAGAUUACCGACUUAUUUCACGGAUAGCGACUGGGUCAAAUACAUCCAAAUGACUAGUGUUAUCGAAAGAUGCUGCUACUUGUAUCAGCUUUAUGAAAGUAGGAAAGAAAUUGAAGGAAAACAUAAAAUGAAGAUGCAUCGAGAAGUGGAAAUUACUCAUAAGGGAGACUUUCAUAUCAACACUCUUUAUUACUUCGAAAGAGAAGAUUUCAGAAGAUUUGCUUACGAAGCAUUCGGUUGUCGAUUACUAGCCGCAUGGCGCUGUAAAGAUUCGUUCCCGCCGUUGCUAGUUGAUUGUCGUUAUCUAGCCGAUUUGAAUCAUCCGACACAAAGAACUUUAGUAAAACAGAUAAAAGAUUUGGUGCUCGACAAUAGCUUGCAGCGAAGUCCAUUUCCGGUCGUUUUUGUAAAUUACCAUACUACGAUUAACAUCGCUGAAGAGGUUGUGAGUUCAUGGCUUCGGAAGCGCUGUUUGCCAAAAUAUCGCCCGUCUACUGCUAAUGGAAGUGAAGAACUUCCCGAUGAGAAAGGUGAAAAAAGAAUAAAGGAUCGUAUUUGUGCUCCAUUUGUUCCUAUUGUUACAACAGCCACAGUUCGUGAAUGCCUCGGCUGCACUAAUCCCGAAGAAAUUGCUUACAUCAACCCACGAGCUGCAGAAUAUUUACCAUCUCCGCUUUCGAAAUAUAAAGCAUUCGUGUUGUGUGCCACUCCGGACAACAAAUUAAUAAAUUCUGCUUUUCAAGCGGCCAGAACUGAGCAGUUAAACUCUUAUAAACUGCCCAUCACUAAAUUUUUGAAUCUGGGACAAACAGCGGUCACGAUGCCUCUAAAGAUUACAGCAAAUAUAAUUCGUGACGUCUACGCAAAUAGUUGCGAAUGGAGGACAGCAUUCGAGAAUCAUAUACCUUAUUUCAAUAUUUUAGCUAAUGAUAUGUAUAAAAAUCACAACGACGACAGAGAUACUCUUCAAGUUAUAGGACAAUGGCUUUCGGAUGCUGAACGAAGAGGGAAACGGAGAAGAAAGUUCGUUCAUGCAUAUAGCCGGGAAGAACGAAGAGCAGCACAAACGGCACUUGCAGAACAGAACCUGUCUUAGUUCAAUUACAAGUGAUCAGUGUUCAUUCAUAUCCAAAGUAUGAAUACCAAGACUGCGAGAUCUAAAGAAAUAUGAAAUGAGCAGAAAAUAAAACCAAGGUAAUUUCAUAGAUUUCAUACCUCUGUCGUCAAUUUGCGAACUCUUUUAACUCGCUUCCCAGGAAAUCUCUUUUUAGAAAUAGCAUGACUCCAGUUUAUAUUGC